AUGACCAUCGAAAUCCGCCACCCAAGAGUCGAGAUUGAGUUCUGCACAGGAUGCAAAUGGCACCUUCGUGCGGGAUGGAUGGCUCAGGAACUGCUCCUGACUUUUGGAAACACCAUCGGAGAACUGGCCUUGAUCCCUGGAAAGAGCGCAACUUUCAUCGUGCGAGUCAAUGGAGAUGUAGUGUUUGACCGCAAGGACCAUGGUCGGUUCCCAGAGAUGAAGGAGGUCAAGCAAUUGGUGCGGACAGUUAUUGCGCCUGAGAUGGGACUUGGUCAUAGCGAUAGUAAAGUCAAGUCUGCAGAGCCAGCAGGAGCGUCAGAGGCAGCACAGGGACAUGAGGAGACGAAGAAGGCAGAAGCUGUAACAGCGACACCUGCACCAGCCACAUCAGGAGCAGCAGUAACGGACGAGGACGAUGAAGAUUAUACCGCCCACGAUAAGGAGUGCAAAACGUGCCUGUGA